GUUCAAGCUUUUACAUUUCAGUUUCAAUAUCAUGCACCUGCACAGGUUCAACUUCUGCUUACUAUAUCAUUAAAACCUUUAUUAAAAUAUAUUGUCAAAAAUGUUGCAAAUUAAUAGAGGGAUAGACAAAGAUACAUCACAUAGUAGCUGUAAAAUGUAGACACUACGACCCUUUUUAUCUAUAAAACACCUUGAUCAUCUUAUCGUCUGACAUUCUCAUCCCUGUACAGUGUCAGGGAACAGAAAUAAUCACAAAUGUGUUUAAAAAUUGCAGUUAUUGUUAACUUUAUUGAGCUGAAAUGAUGCUCACUGAUGUCCUUUUCUACUCUCUUUGUCUCUCUGAAUUAUUUCAGUGUCUCUUUGACUCCAGCCAUGCUCUCUUUUUCAACCCCACCCCUUCUCUACCUGAGUCUCCUGCUCUUUCUGUCGUCCCCUGUCCUCUCCUGUUGGACUGCGAACUACAGCCAGUGUCGGUCCGCUCCCUUUGUACCGGGCCACAACCUGGCUGGGGAGGGCUUUGACGUGGUCACCCUGAAGCGUAAAGGAUCCUACGUGGUCGACGUGAGGACCUACCUGACACCAAAUGGCACCUGUACGCUCUGCUCCAACCCUCUUCAAGGCAACAGGCCACAGAAACUGCCAGUCUCUGCGGUGGACUGGCGCGCACUCAGCCGCUGCAGCACUUAUCUCCACGGCAGUCUACACACCUCCGUCAGGUAUUCUGUGAUAUGGAGUCAUAAUCACUCAUAGUGUUGUAACUAGGGCUGUCAAUCGAUUCAAAU